AUGCCGUCCGGAACUCCAAGCAGCUCCCGCCGCUCGCGCCCUACGCUCCGUCAAGCAACAUUUGUGCUUCCCAAAACCGGACAGCGUCUCAAAGGCCUCGUGAAUCUCCGCAACGCGGUGGCUGCUUCCACUGAGAACGAUGACGAAAGACGCGGCCUCCUCACAAACGAAAUCUCAAGCCACUACGAGGGGUACCUGACUUUGCUCUGGCGCCGAAUACACAAUGCAGGGAUACAGGCGAACCAGUUCUUCAGAUCUGAAGCUGGCAUCGGGGUCUUGAAGUACAGUCUUGCAUAUUUCAUCGGAUCUCUGGCUACAUUCAUCCCAGCAAUUUCGGCCUUGCUGGGCCAUCAGGAUGGAAAGCACAUGGUGGCUACGGUCACAGUCUACUUUCACCCCGCCAGGUCCCAGGGUGGGAUGAUCAAGGCGUUGAUUUGCGCCUUCUUGGCUUUUUGUUACUCGGCUUGCUUGACAAUUACCAGCAUGUUCGUGGAGAUGUUCUUCCAGGACACCUUGGAAUUACCGGCUCUCGGCCACGCUGUAGUGUUGAUUGUGUUCUGUGGCGGUGGACUUGGCUUCGUCGGUUGGACCAAACAACGGCUGGGUGACCCUCUGGUGAACGUUGCUUGCUCACUGACCGCUCUGUCUACAAUCACCGUCUUGACCAAGGAAGGUGCUGUUCAAAGUGGCGACUUGUCACUUGCAAAGAUCUUCCAGGUCUUGAAGAUGGUUCUAAUGGGAGUUGUCGCUGUCAUUAUUGUAUCGUUCUCCAUAUUCCCCAUAUCGGCGCGAAGGAAGCUGCGGUCAAAUCUGGCUACAGUCACAGAUACACUGUCUACAAUGAUGGCGAUCAUCACCGAAAGUUUCUUGAGCGGCUCGGAGGAUGAACUGACUUCGGCUGAGUUCCUUGAUGCGGAGGCCAAACACCGCAAGGCGUAUAGCCAGCUCGACAGGCUCGUCCGAGAAGCUAAGCUUGAGCACUAUGUGGCUGGUACCGAAAAAGAAUACAGACUUGAGAAAAAGUUGGUCCGCUGGGUGCAGGACAUCACGCAUAACAUGGGAGGCUUGCGCAAUGCAGCUUCUCUGCAGUUCAGUCUGAUCCGAGAGACCAUUGCCCGCGAAUCCGGAUCACUGGAAGAGCAUGCAAUCAUGGCCCAGGCCGAUUAUUUCACGCCACUUGAGCGCUCGUGGUCAUUCCCGGAUGGAUCGUUUUUGGAACCUAUCGUCGAGCGACCUGAAGAAGAACUAUCUCCAGGCGUCUCUGUAAAUGCAAGCGCAGAAUCUACCCCCAAACCAGCACUUCUUCCUGCGGAUGUGUUUACCAUAUUCAUCUCACAUCUAGGCCCGUCAAUGCGAUCGUUGGCCUUCACUCUGAAAGAGAUUUUCAAGGAGAUUCCAUUCGGGCCUGCUCCGCAAUACAAGGUCUCAGUGAACGGCCGGUUACGCAUCAGCCUUGAUCGAGCCCUGGACCUCUACAAAGAGUCACGCGAGAAAACACUGGCCUCUCUGUACCAACAAAAAGAAACCAUAAACCUAAAGACCCACGAAGCGGAGGCGGACCUUGAAGAGGUAUCAGCCAGCUGCGGCCAUUUCAGCUUCUCGCUUCUGGAAUUCGGAGAGCAACUUCAAGAGAUGCUUGGCAUAUUGGAUGAGCUGCAACUCGAAGUUGAAGAGCGUCCAAAUGGGCGGUCUUGGUCAUGGCUCAAAGUAUGGCGGUGGUCAACCACGGCAGAUGCUAAAAUGGAUGCUAUUGAUGCCGAGCCAGCUUCAGCGGCUUCCGGCGUGGCUACGACACAGCAAAACCACAGACAUGCCAGACACGCAUCUGACGGCCUGAUUGCGCAUGACAGGGUGCCUAUAACCGUCCAAACUCUGAAAAGCACACCUAAAAACAACGCCAAGCAGAGAUUAGGCUAUCGGAUAUGGAAAUGCCUGGGUUUCUUCCGACGGGAUGAUACGAACCUUCCUCCCCUCAACGCGCCCUUUCUAUGGCCGCUGGCGGGGGAGUGGGGUCUCUUGUCUUACAUGUUGGUCUGCUCAAUGACAAUCGGAGCCUCAAACACGACAGGAUAUGCUCGUUUCCUCGGUACCUGUCUAGGAGCAGUUUGUGCUAUCGCAGCAUGGCACAUCACAGCGGCAAAUGUCUUUGGCCUUGCGUUUUUGGGAUUCUUGAUGGCCAUUUGGACUGGGUUUAUCACAAUUGUCCGAGGGAAUGGACCCAUGGGACGGUUCAUUAUGCUCACCUACAAUCUCUCCGUGCUCUACGCGUAUUCUCUUGCCCAGAAAGAGGCAGCAAUGGACGAGGAUGAAGGAGGCGCCCAUCCGAUAAUGAGUGAGAUUGCCCUUCAUCGAGUCGUUGCCGUCCUGUCUGGAUGUAUCUGGGGUAUCUUCAUCACCCGCAUGAUUUGGCCCAUCAGCGCAAGACGACGACUCAAGGAGAGCCUGAGCCUUCUCUGGCUACACCUGAGUCUCGUCUGGAAACGUGACCCCCUGUCACUGAUGGUGCAGGAGAGGAAAUCCGUUGUUUACAUGACUCCUCGAGAGAAGCUCGAGAUUGAGAGAUUCCUCGCUCGGCUAGAGUCCCUUCAAGGCGCAGCAAGCUCCGAAUUCGAGCUGAAGAGUGCCUUCCCUCAAGCUUCCUAUGCUAAUAUCGUUCGGCGUACGCGCAGUAUGGUCAACUCUUUCCACACGAUGAACAUUGAGUUGAUGAAGAAUGACCCUGCCACCGAAGGAGAGAUCACUCUUCUUCAGUACACCGCACUGGAACGACAGCAGCUGUCGGCUCGUGUCAGCCAUCUACUAUCGGUCAUCGCUUCUUCCAUGAAGCUAGAAUACCCCUUGAGUGACGUACUCCCCAGUAUCGAACAUGCGAGAGAUCGGCUGCUUGCUCGCAUCUAUCGCUACCGUCUAGAUCGUGAAGCCUCACAGCAGACCACAGACGAGGACUGCGCUCUUCUGUAUGCAUAUAUCCUGGUCACGGGCCAAUUAUCAAACGAGAUCAUGGAGAUCAUUGCGGAGAUCGGGCAACUAUUUGGGAGCGUUGAACUGAGGUAUAACAGAGAGCUUACUGAAUUCGGUGCACUUCGAUGUAUCCGUUUCUGGCGUCUGGCGGGGAACCGCAAGUUGGAACCUCCUUCCACCCAAACCCAUCGCCAGGUCUUUCACCGCAUCAAUUCUCAUCAUCAAUUCGUCGGUCUCUCACAUGAAAUUCCGUUCACUUUCGUUAUCCCUGGUUUAGACCCUUGGAUCCUUCUUCAUGAAGGCAUCGAUCCGGCGGCUUUAAGUCGCAAUGACUCCGUCUCAAAUACAAUCAAGGGCACAGCGCCCAACGGCUCGGCAUCAGUAAAGACCUCCAAGGCCCUGAUAUCGGUACCGCGGCUGGAGCUGGAGCCUGCGUACACGGACUUGAAGGCCGCCAUCGGAGACAAGUGGGCCGAGUACAAGGAAGCAACAGCCUUGUUCUUGUUAGGACAAUAUAACCAGAACGAAUACGCGUCGCGAGUCGACCACUUCCUAUGCGCCGAUCCAAAAAACGAACAUCUACACAACAAUUUCAUUUGCGCGCUCAUUGGAAACCUCACAAGAGACCUCCCCGAUCAUGGCGUCGCAAACUGGGUAUCGGCCAAUGACAAGCCGUCAACGGUCUCAAAACCUGUGUCCGGAGAUGCUGCAGAGCAAAGGUUGAAAACUGAGGUCAUGCAGCUACCUCCAAGGGACCGCCGGCGCAUAAAGGGGAUCCCAGAGCGAGAUCCCAACGAGACAAUACUCACCGAGCUAGAGCAAAGCCACCUAGCUAAGCAGAUCAAACUCCCCAGCCAAGUCCCUGCAAGUGCAGGCGGGCUCAACAAGACUAAUUGGGAGCUCGAAAUUCGCAAGCGUUACGCCCAACCCCUCGCCGCAGAAACCGGCGAGUUCCCCGAUACGGAAUCGAUCCAUUCCCGCAUGGUCCCCAUAUGUUACGAGGAGUCACUACCCGGCGGUGCUGGGCUCCCUUGUGCCGAGUUCAUGGCCAUUGCGACGGAGACAUUCGUCAAGGAAGUUCUGUCCGCGGUCUUUUCACGCACACGAUCAAACGGACCGUCAGGAACGAUCAAUAACAUGAUGAUGCGCAAGUAUCGCCAACAGCUGGAGGUCGAAGAGCUUGCCUAUACUAGAGGUGAGAUUGCAAAGGAUUCUGCUACAGGCUUGCUUCCUAUCGAGGCCAAGGAGGCUAGCGGUCGACAACCAUUGGGCGUGCGGGACCUCCGUCUGACCUUGGAACUGGGCGGUGGCGUCCUCGGCCACAUGCCCCUAAUUGUGGACCAGAUCAUGGGCGGAUACUUUGAAGAUGAAUUAGAAGCCGAUAAACAAGAUCGCCAAGCGAAUGGCGUUGGCGUUGGCGAGCCCCAUGAGCACAUCAAACAGGCCGAAGAUGAAAUGGACAUCGACGAAGACGAGGAUGGCUCUCUGCUGGACUGGGAGGGAGGCACCCUCGGCGAUCGAGAUCAGCUGAGCGGAUUGCUUGAUGAGUGUUUGUCCAUGGCCGCGUGA